AUGCCCUUAUCAAAUAAAGCUUUCUCCAAGAGCCUCAUGUAUGUAGAAUCAUUUAACUUCUUCUCAAAGUCCUCAAAUAUGCUUGGCAGUGCCAGUACAACCUGUGGCCUAGGCUUUGGGAGAUUGCCCCCAGAUUCUGAGAGUACAUUGACCUACAAUGAUGUGCAUGUGAACUUCACUCGAGAAGAGCGGGCUUUGCUGAAUCCUUCCCAGAGGAAUCUCUACAAAGAUGUGAUGCUGGAGACCUACGGGAACCUCACUGCUAUAGGUUAUAAUUGGGAAGGUCAUAAUGUUGAAGAGCAUUGUCAAAGUUCUAGAAGACAUGCAAGGUAUGAAAACAGUCAUAGUGGACAUAAACCCCCUGAAGAUACUCAAUAUGACAAAGUCUUUACACAUCCCAGGAAUGUCCACAUAUAUGAAAGUAUGCAUACUGGUAAGGAUCGCUAUGAAUCAAAACAAUAUGGUAACACUUUUGCAAAUAACAGUCAUCUGCUAAGUCAUAAAAGGACACAUAUAGGAGAGAAACCCCAUGAAUGUAAUCAAUGUGGAAAAACCUUUGCAAGUAAUAGUUAUCUCCUAAGACACAGAAGAACUCACAGUGGAGAGAAACCUAUGAAUGUAACCAGUGUGGUAAAGCCUUUGCACAGAGGAAUAAUCUCCUAUCACAUAAAAGAACUCACACUGGAGGAAAACCCUAUGAAUGUAACCAGUGUGGUAACGCCUUUGCAAGUAAUAGUCAUCUCCUAAGACAUAGAAGAACUCACAAUGGAGAAAAACCUUAUGAAUGUAACCAGUGUGGUAAAGCCUUUGCACAGAGCAAUAAUCUCCUAUUACAUAACAGAACUCACACUGGAGAGAAACCCUAUGAACGUAACCAGUGUGGUAAAGCCUUUACACAUAAUAGUGAUCUCCUCGUACAUAAAAGAACUCACACUGGAGAAAAACCCUAUGCAUGUAACCAGUGUGGUAAAGCCUUUGCGUACAAGAAUGUUUUCUUAAUACAUAAAAGAACUCACACUGGAGAGAAAACUAAUGAAUGUAAUAAUGUGGUAAAUCCUUUGCAUGUAACAGUGAUUUCCUAAGACCUAAAGGAACCCACAGUGGAAAGAAACCUUAUAAAUAUAACCAACGUGGUAAAGCCGUUGCACUGAACAGUCAUCUGGUAGUCCAUAAAAGAACACAUACUGGAGAGAAAUCUUUUGAAUGUACCCAACGUGAUAAUGUGUAUGCAUUUCAGAGUAAUUUCUGAAAACAUAACUUACCCUGGAGAAAAAAAAAACACUUUAUUAAUGUAAUCAGUAUGGCAUCACCUUUGUACAACACAGCCAUCUCCUAAUUAUAAAAAAUGCAUGUUGCAGGAAAUAUCUAUGAAUAUAAUCAAUAUCAUAAAGUCUUUUCAUGUAAUAUUCAUCUUGAACAAGAACACCUCAUGCAGUGAAACCCUAUUAAUGUAACCAGUGUGUCAAAGUCUUUGAAUGCCAUAAUAAUAUCCAUGUACAUUGAAGAGUACACACUGGAGAGAAGACAAUGCGAUAAAGCCUUUCAAUGUAAUAGUAAUCUCCUAUGAGAUAAAGAACACAUACUGGGAAGAAGCCUCACGAAUGUAACCAAUGUGGUAAAACUUGCUCUUCACAAUCAUCUUCAAAUUCAUGAAAGAAUUCAUACUGGACAAAAAGACUGAGUGCAUUUAACAUGGUGAAGCUAUUCUACAUUUGUAUACUCUUCAUCAUCAUGAAAGAAUUCCUACUCGAGAGAAAUAUUAUAAAUGUGUUAAAAUAUGAGGGCUUUGUACAUAUCUAUAUUCUUCAUUAUCAUAAAAGUUUAUACCGGAGAGAAAUUCUGAGAAUAUAAGAAAUAUGGUAAGGCCUUUGUAUUCUUCAGUAUGCUGAAUCCAAAAUAGCUCAAACACUAGGUCAAUGCAAAUAACAAAAAUUUAUUGUCACCAGUAACUACUGAAUGAUUAGUAACAUAACACUCUUGGGAACUGAUCUCUGAUAAAUACCCAACCAUUAAACCAGAAAGUUAUAGAGGUUCUGAGCUUGAAAGUCAUAAUAUAUGUACUGUGUUACAACUAAUUUUUUAAUCAGUCAUGAUUUAGGGAUAUGGGAUUUGUUUAUGUCAUUGAAGGUUUCACCUGAUGUAAAAUGUCACUCUAAAAUUUAGUGGAGGCUGGUAUCUAAAAAGCAAUACACAGGAAUUAAUUUUUUUACCAUGUUCCAACAUACAAAUUAAUCUUUCAUAUUUUGCAUGUCAAAGUCAACUUCAAGAGACAAACCUUACACAUGUAAUCAAUGUGAUAAAGCCUUUUCUUACUGCAGUUAUCUUCACAUACAUAGAAGAACACAUACUGAAGUAAGACCCUCUGGAUAAGCAAUGUGGUAAAUCCUUUUCAUGGAAUUGUCUUUGAAAUCAGAAGAAAAAGUCAUCUUCUAGAGAAACCCUAUGAAUGCAAUCAGUAUGGUAAACUUUUGCACUUCAUGGUACCGUUAUAGAAGAGUAAAAGCUUUGGUGUGUGAGCAACUUCUUAAAGCCUUUGCAUAUCACAGUAGUCUUUGAGAACCUGAAAUAACUCAUUCUCAAGAAAAUCUGUUAGGAUAAAAGAUUUGUUAGGGUUUUUGAUCAACUAACUUGCAUUCAAUUACAGGAGAUUAUUUGGGAGGAAAAUUCUAACAAGUAUUCAUGCAUUAUGACCUUCCAUCCUUCUUUUGUUUCCAAUUAAAAGUCGAUAUGGAAAAAAAGCCUAGGAAUUUAAACCGUAAGGUAACCUUCUUAGAUUUCUCAAUUCUCUUCAAUUACUUGAAAUAAAUCAUCCAGUUAUAAAAUUUAUGUGUGUGUAUUAGUGCUAUUUCUGUAACAAAACACAAUGUCAACUUCCAAAUGUGUUGGUUUUGCCUUACGGAUCCAGUGGGAUAUGGGAUCUCUGUGAAAUGGGAAUCGCAAGUGUCAUACAUGGUGGCUAAAGCAGGAAGCUCAGAGCUCACAUCCUCAACCUGCAGCAUGAAGCAGAGAGUGGCAAUUACAGAUGCUAUGCAGUUGAAACUAUCAAUCCCACGCCAAGUAACAUACUUCUUCAAGAGUGCUGCUUUUCCUAAACAUUCACAAAUGAUUCCAACAAUGAGGAUUCAUUUCUCUGACUUCAAAACUACAUGUUUGAUUUCUAUUACAUGAAGGACUUUAUGAAGAAAA